AUGACGACCGACGCGACCGACGCCGUCGCGAGCGACGCGCCGAGCGACGCGCCGCGCGACGCGCCGCGCGCGUCGACGGGCGACGACGACGCGCGCGCGCGGCGCGAGGACGACGCGACGGGGGCGGCGGAUUUCGACGACGCGACGCGCGACAGGGUGCGCGCGCAGAUCGAGUUCUACCUCGGCGACUCGAAUCUUCCGCGCGAUGCGUUCUUGCUCGACGAGGUGUCGCGAGCGGUGCGCGAGGGACACGAGGGGGGGGUGCCGAUCGCGCUCAUCGCAUCCUUCUCGAGGAUGCGGGAUUUUUUGGCGGCGUACGGGGGGAAGGAUGAGGCGAAAAACGUGGAGCGCGUGGCGAGGGCGCUGGAGGGAAGCGACGUCGUCGAGGCGUGCGCCGAUGGGACGCGGGUGCGGCGGAAGUCGAUGCUCGUGAACGGGGAGACGCCGGAUCUCGCCACGGACGACGGCGUGACGGCGUAUCGAAGCGCGAUGGUGGAGGAGUUGGACAAGCGGUUCGUGUUCGCGAGUCCGUUCGCGAAGGACGCGACGAUCGAGGCGCUUUUGGCGUACUUCAAGACGGUGGGUAACGCGCGGUCGAUUCGUUUGCGUCGACACACGACGAGCAAGGAUUUUCGGGGGAGCAUUUUCGUCGAGUUCGCCACCGAAGAGGAGGCCAAGGCGAUUGCCGAACGCGCCGACUUGGAGUACAAGGGCGCGAAGCUCACGCUCAUGAUGAAGGCGGCGUACAUGGAACAAAAGAAGCAGGAACAAUUGGAAAAGAAAGCCAAGGCGAGGGAAGAAGCGAUCGCGCGCGGGGAAGACCCAGACGCGCAGCCGCCGACGACGCACGAGCCCGUCUUCGUGGGCAAGGUCGACGAACGCGGCCGAGGCGGCCGAGGCGGCCGAGGUGGCGGCCGAGGUGGUCGAGGCGGCCGCGGUCGUGGCGACGGUGGUGGCGGCCGAGGCGGGCCCGAUCGCGGCGGCGCGCGUUUCGGCGGCGGUGGCGGAGAUAGCGCAAACAAACCAAAGGAGGACGGCGACAAGCCGCGAUUCGGGCGCCCGUAUUAG